AUGCCCGCAGUGAAGGUCCUGUCCCUGUUGUCUCAGGCUGUUGCACGUGUCGUCCCCCAAGGACUGGGAGACACCAUUGCUGAUAGUGCAAAGGCUCUUCUUCAUAAGUAUUUGUCUCAGUUCAAUGGACAACAACAUGUCCAUGCCCAGCAGGCCGCCCAGUAUAUUCAGGGAUAUGGCGAUGGCAUUUCAGCUCAUAAGACAUCACUGAUGCUGUCCUCGCUUCUGAUCUCUUAUCUCAAAGAUCGUUAUCCUUGGUUGAAAAACUCUGGUGGAUUCCCUGAUGCGAGUUUCAAUUUGGCUGGAGAUGAUGAUGAGACUGAGCAAAUGCACAUGUGCAUAGCCACCAAUGACGAGGGACAACUAUUUGACACGAACCAGGUGCAUGACUACAUCUACCGUGCCGACAUGCUAUCCCAUAUGAAUUUCUAUGAAUUUUGUUGUUGUGUACGCUUGGAGAUCAUUAGUAAGAGUGCCAACAAUAAGCACACCUUCAAAACUCGCCUUGGGGUGUUGCGCAGGCAUUGUUUGAAUGUUGGUCACCGUUGCAGCGAGACACAUGUACUUGUCGAACACACCAAUGAAGAACGAGGUGAGGGGAAUUCCGAGCUCGUGCCUCACGUAGUUGGCAUAUCCAUUCCUCGGCCCAUGAAUGCCAGGUUGUGGGCCCUCUUUGUUCUUGCUCAUUUCAAGCCAUUUAGUGUCUCAACGGACCUUCUGGGCUCGGCCGAGGAUCCUGUGACUUGUUUUGAAAAGUCCAAAUUGUGUCCUGCAAGUCUGCAAGUGUUGAGUAAUUGGGAAGCUGUACAUGAGUGCGAGGAUGAGCGUGACACAGAAAGACUUCAGAAGCAUGCACAGCUCACUGCAGAGAACAAGGCAUUCACUGCAUCCAUGGCAAUUGAGGGUGAUGACGAUGAACUUGACUUUACUGUGCCCCUGCAGUCAAGGCAUUCAGAAUCAGAUUUUUGGGUCCAACAAAUGGUCCUUGAGCUGCUUGCACAUGGUGUGUAUCCUAAUGAAGAUGGUGUUGCAACCGCCAGACACAAUGCUCUGAAUCCAGAUCAACAAUCCGCACACUCUGUGGCUCCUCCAACAGAGCAUGUCAUGUGGGAUUCACAUGCUGCUAUUGAAGAAGCUGGGACAGGAAACGGUCAAGCUGAUGACUUGCCAUGUCCACCCACAGAAGCAUUCACUCCUCCACCUGUUGACAUGCAUCAACGCUCAGCCACUGACAUCGUCAAUGAUAUUGGCACUUCUUUCAGUCUGAAUGUAGCACAAUGGAGGGCAUUUCAUAUCAUCACAUCCCAUUUCCUUGUGAAGUACGUCAGCAAGAAACCAGAUGCAGUUGAACAGGAACCACUCACCAUGCUCAUGACAGGACCCGGAGGCACAGGCAAGACACAUGUUGUCAAAGCAGUUCAAGCAGUGAUGCACCAUUACGGUUGUGACCAUCUCAUCCGAUUCCUGGCCCCCAUGUGUUCGGUGGCUGCACUGAUUGACAGGAUGACGAUUCACAAAGGUCUUGGUCUGAAAAUCAGGUCGGUUAAUGUGGUAGCCCGCUGUACUCAUCUUUGCAUCUAUGUCCACAUGACAUCCAAACGCUGGUGGCCAAACCCACCAGGUUUUUCUUGCCCUCCGGCAAAUGGUUUCAUUCUGAGACCCCGCUGGCAGUCACAGUGCUUCAGCAGUGUGUCAAUGAGGUCUUCAGAUGAUCCAUUGAACAGGCUGAAUUCUGGACCUGAAGACCCACACACAAUGGACGAUUGGUCCAGCAUGAUGAUGGCCAACAUCGGGAAAGAUCCAUGUUUCAUUGAACAUGGGCACAACAACCCCAGAGAGGGCGUAGAGGUUAAUGGUGCGAGACUUCGUGAUCAUCUGCUCAAUGAAGAUCCUACCAAGCCAUUCAACGUAAACACCCAUAAUAUUGAACUUGGUGUCCCAGUACCAGAGUCGUAUGAAGACCCAUUUAUGCAGGGCAAUAAGACAUUGGUCGAUCCUGAUGACAACGAACAAUUGGAGGAGGAGCCUGCUCUGAAGAAGAAGAAGAAGAAGAAGAAAGGGAAGAGCUGGGCAGUUAACAUUCAGACUCCUCCUGUCCCAGAGCAAGACAAAGAGCCAGAUGAUGUGCCCGCACACUCUAAGUCUGCCCCUCUUCAUAAUGUCAACGAUACUGCUGUUUGUACACAAACUCCCAUUCCUCAAUCAGAGCAGUCCAACCUUCCUUCAAUGUCCAAGCCAUCAAAGACUUCAUCUGCACCCAUACAUGCUGCCAGCACCGCUCCAAUAUCAUAUGCCUAA